AUGAUGAUUCAUGAUUUUGAUAGUACAUUCCCUUAGAGUAGUGAUUUCAAUACUUACUUUAAAUAAGCUUUAGGUUUUUAAAAACAGUAAGCUACUUUGAAAAGUUGGCUUAGAGUGAUGGAUUGAUAAAACUAUAUUGAUUAUUUUGCAAGUGAUCGUCAGCAUAUGAUAAAAAAUGGUAAAUAUUAUAGACUCCCCCAUAAUACUCAUGUAUAAAGGGAAGUAAAUAAGAAAAGAAUAACAAUCUUUAGGAAUAUUUAGGUACUACAAAUAAUGAUCCUUUAUUAGGAAAAUGGAUGACAGAGGAGUAAUUUUAACAAUUUUUUGCAGAUAAAUAAGCUUGA